GAACCAGGUGUACAACCACUGGGACCUGCCUUGGAAGGACAUGAAAAUUUCCCCCCCAAAAAUGCAAUAACAGGCAAACAGAGCAGCAAACAGAUACAGCAGCUGGAAUCUGAACUCAAGAAAAAGCGCAAAAAAUGUGAAAACCUUGAGCAUGAAGUGAGGAAAAAGCAUAAAAGAUGCAAAGAACUAGAGUUCCAGCUGCAGGAGGUACAGAGUGAAAAUGCACGACUGGCUGAAGAGAACUUGCAGCUGAAUGAGAAGGCUGGAUGGGCAGGACAGGUUGAAUCUGAGAAUGCUGACCUGAAAUUGCAGGUUGUUUUGGUGACUAAGGAAAGGGAUUCAGUGAUUCAGACGAACCAAGGACUCCAAACCAAGCUGGAGAAUCUAGAGCAGGUGCUGAAGCACAUGAGAAAUGUGGCUGAGCGGAGGCAGCAGCUGGAACUGGAGCACAAGGAAGCACUGCUAGUCCUGCAGGAGAAGCAAGAGGAGGUCCGGCGGUUGCAGCAGGCACAGGCAGAGGCAAGAAGGGAACAUGAAGGAGCAGUACAGCUUCUAGAGGCUCGAGUGAAGGAUCUAGAAGACCAGUGCCGCAGUCAGACAGAGCAAUUCAGCCUCCUGUCCCAGGAACUCCACCAAUUCCGGUUGCAAGCAGGGAAAAUCGACCUCCUCACCUCCACCCUGGUGACUUCAGAGCUUCCCCUUGCUCUGUGCAGCUCCAGCCCACAGCCCUGCUGGGACAAGGAACCCACAGCUCCUGGGCUGCUCUCUCAGCAGAGCACCAAGAAGGUGCACAAUGAAGGGCCACACGAGCUGGAGACAUCGCAGCGGGUGCCUGAGGCCACCAUGGGCUCCCUGGUUCCUGCCACCAGUGCUCAGAGAGCAGCCAAGAAAGUGGAGUCUCAGUCCAACUCUUCAAAGUCUGAGUCCAUGCACAACAGUCCCAAAUCCUGCCCCACUCCAGAGGUGGACACUGCGAGUGAAAUGGAGGAGCUGGAUGUUGACAGCAUCUCUCUCAUGCCAGAGCCAAGCAGCCAAGGUCCUGCCAAGCUUCAGGUGUUCUUAGCUCGAUACAGCUACAAUCCUUUUGAUGGGCCUAAUGAAAAUCCAGAGGCAGAGCUUCCACUGACUGCUGGAGAAUACAUUUACAUCUAUGGAGACAUGGAUGAGGAUGGCUUCUUUGAAGGGGAGCUGAUGGAUGGCCGGCGUGGGCUGGUCCCCUCCAAUUUUGUUGAGCGAGUCUCAGAUGAUGAUCUCCUGACGUUCCUGCCUUCAGAGCUCAAUGAUCUCACCCAUAGCUCAUACCAGGAGAAAAGUUUGGUCAGUGCAAGCACCAGCAGUGGAGAUAAGAGUGAGUUCUCCAUUGAAGAGAGUAGCAUCAGCCCAUUGGCCAGUAGAGCAGAAGGAGACCAGGAGGAACCUGUUAGUCACACAGCAGUGCCUUACCCAAGAAAACUGACUUUGAUCAAGCAGCUUGCCAGGAGCAUAGUUGUAGGCUGGGAACCACCUCUUUUGCCAGCUGGCUGCCCAGACAUCCAAAGCUACAACAUCUACGUGGAUGAAGAGCUCCGUCAGAACGUGAAGAGUGGCCUUCAGACCAAAGCAGUGAUCGAGAAGUUGGACCUACACACCAAGGCCUACCGUGUGUCUGUGCAGGCUGUGACGGAGCAGGGCAGGUCUGACAGGCUGCGCUGCACCUGCUUUGUGGGCCAAGACGUUUGUGUGUCACCAACUAUGCUCCAAGUCAGAAGUGUCACUGCCACAGCAGCAGAGGUCACGUGGCUUCCCUGCAACAGCAACUACAGCCACGUGGUGUACCUCAACGGCGAGGAGUGUGACACGACCAAACCAGGGGUCUACUGGUACACCUUCCGUAACCUGCAGCCCAGCACACACUAUGAGGCCAAGCUGGAGGCCAAGCCCAUGAAGACACCUUGGGAAGAGGUGCCUGAGGGGCAGGAGCAGAACUCAGCUGUGAUACACUUCACUACCCCACUAGCAGGCACACCUGAUGCUCCUUUGGAUGUCCAAGUAGAAGCUGGGCCCUCUCCAGGUAUCCUUGUUAUCAGCUGGUUACCUGUGACCAUUGAUGCUGAGGGGUCCUCCAAUGGAGUGCGAGUCACCGGAUACGCCGUGUACGCCGACGGACAGAAGGUGAUAGAAGUUACUUCUCCAACAGCUGGCAGUGUCCUGGUGGACUUGUCCCAGCUCCAGAUGUUCCAAGUGUGCCGAGAGGUCUCGGUGAGGACAAUGUCUCAGUAUGGAGAGUCAGUGGAUUCGGUUCCAGCCCAGAUCUCCUCAGUGCUGCUGCAGACUCCUCACUGCACCUCAUCUGUCUCCACCACUGGUACCUCCAGACUGCCCAGGGUGGGUCCCAGGGGCUCUCUGGGCCCAGCCACACCCCACAUGCCUGUGCUGCUGCUCCACCACAAAGCUCCUGCUGAUAGCUCAGAUGCCAAAUUGACUGAGCUCUCCUCCAGCUCCGUGCGGGCUCUGCCAGAGAAAGCCUCUCCACCUCCACACCUCUCCUCUCCCCCUGCCUCCUUGGUGCAGGCUUCAGGCACUUCCCUACAGGGAUUGGAGACUGCAGGAGACAAGGAAUGCCUGACUGUGCCUCCUCAGCAGGCUGGCAGCACAGCGCUCCCUGGGGAGGGAACAGAGCCUGGUCCUGCCAAGGAACUGGAACUGCAAGGCCUGGGUGAAGGGGCAGAGGUGCAGAUGGAGCAAUCUGGAAGCAAAGCUCCAGAGCUGGAAAACCCAUCUGACAGCAGUGUGAAGCUCCACACAGAGCCCUGCCAGGUGUGCUCUGUGGAAGAGUCACCCAAAGGUCCUGAUGCUGACAAAGAGGCAAAGGAGAAGCACCUGAGCCCAGAGCCUGUGUCCUCCCCCAGCCAGGCUGAGGGGCCACAGGAUGCCAACAUGGGUGGGGGCAGUUGCCAGGAGUUCCUGAAGCUGUCCCCUGGCAAGGAGGCAAUGAAAGAAGUGUCCAGAGUGAAGAGAGAGCAAGAAGAAAAAGUGUCUGACGUGAGCCGCCGCCAGCUCACCCUUUUCUCUGAGCACAACAGGAGUUCUGACCUCUCAGAUAUCCUGGAAGAGGAGGAAGAAGAUGAACUAUCUUCAGAAGCUCUGGAAGAGAAGAAAUGGGAGCAGAAAGAGCCUUGUUACCAGGAGAAUGGGGAAAAGAUGGAUCUUUGUGAUACUGACAGCGAUGAGGAGAUUCUGGAGAGGAUAUUGGAGCUUCCACUUCAGAAGAGCCACAGCAAGAAGUUGUUUAGCAUCCCUGAAGUGACUGAAGAUGAGGAUGAAGAGGAGGAGGAGAAGUGUGGUAAGGAAGAUAAAACAGCCUCUCAAGACUCCUUGGAAACACACACAGGAAGAACAGAGAAGCCACCCAACAAGGAACCAUCCCUGAAGGCAGAUGGGAGUAACACCUCCAUGGAUGUGUCUGCCCAGACUCCACGGGAGAAGCUUGGUCCUAAGGAGAGCAGAGGAGAUGCUGACCAUGCAAAUCCUGCCUUUGGCCAACUGGCCUGGAGUCAGAAGAAGACAAACUGGAAUUGGGGCUACCAGGAGAACGAGCCAAAGUCUGGGAAUGGGGCAAAUCCCUCUUGGAACAAGAAGAAGGGCAGUAAAUAUCGAGAGAAGAUCAGGAAUCGGCCUGAGGUGGGGAGGAAGAGACAGAAUGAUCUCCCAGAGCACUGCAGUCGUCUACUGGGCAACUGCAGUCAGAUGGGCAGUGGGUUAUACAGAGCUCCCAGCCUUAGGGAAGAGCUCAACAUUGUCAGCAGUGGUGGUAAGGAGGGCUUGGAUGUGUACAGUCGUGCCAGACAAAGCACCUUAAGGAAGAAACCCCCCAAAUCAGUAGUGUCAGGGGGUGCAGAAUCUGCUGGGAUGACAACACUCUGCUGCAGCCCCAGGAGCCUGGAAAUAGACAUUGAAUACGACUCAGAAGAUGAUCAGGAUUCAACCUGUGCAUCCUCCCCUGAGAGCAGGCUGUGGCCAGAAAGAGCCCAGAGCUGCCCCGGGGACUGGAGUGAUUGCUCCAGUCAGUCUGAGGUUGCCCACACAGAUGACAGAAGGGACCUGAGCAGGCUGGAGCUGCUGGAAGAGCAGGAUGUGGAGUGGGCUGGAGCUCCAGGCCGGCGCCUGCGAUUCCUGUGCCAGGAGAAGGAAGCCCUGAGGGGUGAGAGCAGCUCUGAGGAGCAGGGCUGGGAGCUGGACUGUAAGUCACCUGGCUGGAGAAGGAGGCUCCAACAUCCUUCGAAGGGAAUACGUAGCACCUCCUUGCACAAAAGGGCAUCCAGUAAUAAAGAUUCCAGGGGGCAGGAGUUGCCUGGCACAGCUUCCUGGCAGGCUCCCAGCAGGAGAAGGAGCAGGAGCAUGAGAAGAAGCCAAAUGCAGAAACCUUUGCUCUCUAGCCCAGGUCCUCCAAGGAGCACUGCUCCCCAAACCUCUGGCGAAGAUGAUGGCAUCAGAAUAUUUGUGGCUCUCUUUGACUAUGAUCCUGUCUCCAUGUCUCCUAACCCUGAUGCAGCUGAAGAGGAGCUCCCAUUUAAGGAGGGACAGAUCCUAAAAGUCUGUGGAGACAAGGAUGCUGAUGGCUUUUACAGGGGUGAAUGUGCAGGAAGGGAGGGAUACAUUCCAUGCAACAUGGUGUCAGAAGUCCAGGUGGAGAACAAUGAGCUGAAGAAGCAGCUCCUAAAACAAGGCUUCCUGCCUGCUGACACACCUGUGGAGAGCCUAGGAAAUGGCACAUUUUCUCCACCUCCACGUGGCCAAACCGUCCCUCCUCCAAAACCCAGACGCUCCAAGAAAGGGCUGGAGAAGCAGGAGAAGUACAAGUCUCAGCCAGGAGAGAAGGACAAAGACAUUGAGGCAGAGCUGCUGACCCCUCGCAGGAUGGUGGCUGUCUUUGACUAUAACCCCAAGGAGAGCUCUCCAAAUGCAGAUGUGGAGGCUGAGCUGACUUUCAGUGCUGGAGAUGUUAUCACUGUGUUUGGUUCCAUGGAUGAUGAUGGAUUCUAUUAU